CUGAUUUGUACCUUUUAUGGACAUCCUCCCCCAGAAGGUGGUCUACAAUGGUCUAUUGAUAGAUUCAACGGUACACGUAGUUCAUUAAGUUCACAUUGGUUAUCAAUGCAAGGCUUGAUAAUUCAUUCUGGUCGUCAUUAUUGGACACAGAUUGGUUCACCACAAUUUGAUGCACAAGGUAGACAUACCGGGGUAUUUCAGUGUACAGCAUUGAAUUCUAUUGGUCAAAUAAUUGAAAGAGAUCAAGUCAGAGUUGAAC